AUGAGUCUGGGCAUCAUGGAGGAGGAGGAUCUGGCCGAGUACUUCCGGUUGCAGUAUGGAGAACGGCUGCUGCAGCUGCUGCAGAAGUUCCCCAGCAUUGAGGACCACUCAGACUCCCCAUCCAUCCGGCUACUGGAGAAGAAGAAAGAGGCCGAGAUCAUGCACCAUGCCAUGCAGCAGAAGAAGGAGACAUUUCAGCGCAGAAUGGAAACCCUGAACCUGCGCUGGGAGGAGCUGGGAGUCAAGGAGGCCCAGCUGAAAGCCCACAUACAGAAGUUUGAGCAGUUCAUCCAGGAGAACGACCAGAAACGGAUCCGGGCCCUGAAGAAGGCCAACAAGGAGCGAGAACUCAAGAAGCAGUGCACGCACGAGCUGGCCAAGGCCAAGCAGGAGAUGGCGGCCCUGCGGCUGGAGCACCAGCGGCUGAGCGCCAAGCUGCAGGAAUACUCCAUCUUCAACAAGUACCUGGAGAAGGUGGUGGAGAACUCCGAGUUCGAAGAGAUCCACGAGGUGAUCGCGCGCUACAAGACGCUGGUGAGCAUGCACCAUGACCUCAUGCAGUCGGCGCAGGAGGGCCAGGAGAAGGUCGAGCGCGCCAAGGCCCAGCUGGCGCGCUACAAGGAGGAGAAGGACGACGAGAUCCUGCAGCACAACAACGAGCUGGCGCGCCUGCAGAUGCGCUUCGACCGCGCCCGCAGCGAUGUCAUCAUCUGGGAAUCUCGCUGGGCACACAUCCAGAACACCGCCGCCAAGAAGACCCUCUUGCUUGGCACCAUUAAGAUGGCAACGCUGAACCUCUUCCAGAUCGUGAGCAAGCAGCUGAAGGAGGCGAGCCUCGUGUCCCUGGAGGACACACACAAACAGCUGGACACGAUCCAGCAGUUUAUCCAGGACCUGUCAGACAUCUGGGCAGAGGUGAAGAAGAAGGAGCAACAGCAAGUCCGGGUUUAAGGAGCAGCCAUGGUUCCAGAAUGUUCUGAGACAGAGAAGGGAGAGAGAAAGU